UUUUUAAGUUGUCAUAUGGGCAUGUGAUGCUAUAAUAAGUGUGACUACAAUGUUGAUAUAUCGAACUCAAAACAUGCUAUCUAAAAUACGGACUUAAAAUUUAUUUCUAACCAUAAUAGCCCUGUGGUGAUUUUAGUUUGGAGAGUUGAUGCGGAUGAAAAUUAGCUAGUCUAACAAAAAUUUAUCGUUUGAUAAAAAAUAAAAAAAUUUGAUUUUUCUGUCUCUAAUAUUACUCGUAUAAAAAAAAUAUAAAAAAAAAAUCUAAGCAUUGGUGGAGCAGAAGAUCGGACAGAGAGAAAAACCCUUGGUAAAACCCAUAACACACGCGCACAACGGUCACCACUCACAACACCAACCAAUGAAGCGAGUUUGGAAGCUAUCCGACGCCGCCCAAUCUGAGCUCCUCUCCCGUCACAGAUCCUCCGCCGCCGGCUCCAAAACCCUACAACACCCCCACUACGCUUUCACCCUCACCAACUCCCCAAGUUACAGAUUAACCCGUGACGUCAAUGCUCAGACCCACUCCUCCUCCGCCGCCCCGUCUUCUUCUUCUCCGCUCAUCUCCAUGUCGAGCAUCAUUGACUUGUUCAGAGACAAGCCCUUGCCGCAAGACAUGAGGGCCAGGGAGGAUCUGGCCCGGACGGCGUCGGAGUUGAGGGACGAAUUGGUUCAGAAUAUUGGGGAUUCUGAGAAGAUUGUUAGGGUUUUGGAAGAGAAGGGAUGUUCCUCCCUGUGGGAAUGGAAGUACGGAAUGGGUGUCGUUGAGCUUCUGAAUCAGCUGCGUUCGUGGCCUCAAUUGGCUCUGGAGGUUUUUGAGUGGAGAAGACAGCAGGUUGCUAGUAGCACUUCUAUGAGUGCAGAGGAAUAUGCCAAGGCUAUUAUAAUAGCUGGUAAAGCUAAGAAUGUAGAACUUGCCCUUGAGUUAUUUACCGAGGCUAUAAACAAGCAGAUCAAGACAACUUCUAUUUAUAAUGCACUGAUGAGUGCCUAUAUGUUCAAUGGUCAUACUGCUAAAUGUCAAUCUUUGUUUCGGGACCUCAAGAAGGAACCAGAUUGCUAUCCUACUAUUGUAACGUACAACAUUCUUAUUUCUGUAUUUGGUCGUUUGAUGCUGGUUGACCAUAUGGAGGCAACUGUCCGGGGUUUAAAGGAUUUAGGUUUGUCACCUAAUUUAAGCACAUACAAUCAUUUGAUUGCUGGAUAUGUAACAGCUUGGAUGUGGAAUAGUAUGGAAAAAACUUUCCAAAAGAUGAAGGAGGGCCCUGUUAGUCCUGAUAUUAGCACCCACUUGCUAAUGCUUCGAGGGUAUGCUCAUUCAGGUAAUUUGGCAAAGAUGGAGGAAACAUAUGAGUUGGUAAAACAUCACGUAGAUGAUAAGGAAAUCCCAUUGAUAAGAACUAUGAUAUGUGCAUAUUGCAAGAGUUCUGUGACAGACAGAGUGGAAAAGAUUCACAAACUAAUGAAACUUAUACCAGAAAAUGAAUAUAGACCUUGGUUGAAUGUGAAUCUGAUUAAAGUUUAUGCUCAAGAGGAUUGCUUGGAGGCGAUGGAGAAGUCAAUAAAUGAGGCAUUUGAGCACAAAACUGCUGUACAUACUGCAGGUGUGAUGCGAUGUAUAAUUUCAAGUUAUUUCCGAUGCAAUGAAGUGGACAGACUUGAAAGUUUUGUGAAGCGUGCAGAAUUUGCAAGGUGGAGAACUUGUAGGUCCCUAUAUCAUUGUCAGAUGGUCAUGUAUGCAGCACAAAACCGCUUAAAGGAAAUGGAGAAUGUGCUUAUUCAGAUGGAGAAUUUAAACAUGCCCUGUACCAAAAAGACAUUUGUGAUACUGUACAGAGCCUACUUAAUGUGUGGUCAAAGAUGUAAGGUGGCACAAGUACUAGGAUCAAUGUGGAAGCAUGGAUAUGAAAUGCCUUUUGAUUCAUUGUUAUCAUGAUUCUCCACGUCACUUUGGUAGAGCUUGGAUGGCAGAAAUGCGUAAACCUUUCAGAGAGUAUUGCGAAUGGUUCAUCAAAUUCAUAAGACACAACAGGGGUUCAACAUUAUUCACAGGUACACAUCUUCACUCGGAAAGCCACUUCUUGUUAUCAACUCCUUUUCUCUUUAGUCAGUAGUUUCCUGAUUUUUUGUUGCAUGUACACUCUUAUCUGCUCAGAAUGAUUGCACACUAUUUCCUGUUAAUAUGACUGUUAGAGUCCUACGGUUCUCUAUUGUUUUCAAUGUCCUCUUUUUUUCUCCUUCCCCUUUCUAAGAUGCUAGGUGACUGAGCAUUGUUAUCUCAUCAUCUGGAUGAGUACCAUACUGGAUUCAUUCAAAACAAUAAAUCAGCUGAACAAGGUUUUCUUUGUAAAUAAUUAUUCAUCCCCUACCCAUCGAACUGACCAAUAAGUUAUAUUGAUGGCAUCCUAUGAUCAUUGAAGGGAAGAAAUUACGGAGCACAUGCUUCAGGUUGACACUUCAGAAGUCGAAGUGCGAUCUGAUUGAAAUAGUUUGUGCUGACGCAUGUUGAUUGAAUCUGUACAUUAUUUCGUAUACCAAGUGUACCGAAGCGCUGAAUGCCUAUGGAAAUCCAAAUAAGUCUCACCACGACCUCAAAAGUUUCAAAGAGGGUUGCUGCACUCGAUCUACUGAUGUAUUUUAGAAAUUACAUUGACAGUGAAGAGUUAGUCGUUGCCUUGUUUGAAAGGCGGUAGGCUAGGGGUGGGUUCGGCUUCAACUGGUUCGGAUUUUUGACAAAAUUGAUAACCGAACUGAAAUUGUUGUUUGGUUCGGUUCAGUUUUCUUCCAUUUUUUCGGUUCGGUUUGACUUCACACGCAUGAAACUCCAUACUAUUCCUUGGAUCAUAUUGCAACGGAUGAGCAUUCCUAUUAAUUAUAAUGGUUAAUCCGUCAUCUGUGGUUUCAUAUAUAAAGAAUUGUCGUUUCCCUCA